AUGAAGGUAGUGUGGUGGUGCACGUUAACGUUAUGGGUUCGAAUCAUAGACGGUAGCAGUCUCCUGAGCAAGACUAUAAACGCCGAUGGCACGAGAGAAUUCCGCAUCGCAAAACACAUCAAGCACAACACAUGUCUGUGCCAGUGUCGCUGUGUUCCGGAAAAUAUGGAUCUGUUUUCACAAAAACCAGUCAUGGGAGCUGCAUCGGCGGAAUCCGUUGAAAUCGACGACAAAGCGGUCGAGGAAGAGCAGAAGUUAAAGAUGUCAUUGAAAGACGAAAUGGUGACUGUUGGUGCACAACAAAAAACAACAGACACAGUGACCCCGUCAACGUCAAGCCUUGCUUCAGAAAAAAAAGUUGAUAAAACAACUACUACGGUCCUAACAUUUCUUCCAGACACAACGACAGUAUCUAGCCUGAGAUCCACUUCUACUCAGGAAACAACAUCGGACACAGAUGAAGGAUUGAUAACUUCAGACGUUCCAUCACCGUCACGAUCCUCGAAACCUCCGCCAGGAAUAUCUUCAUCUUAUGAGAAUACUACAACGUCGCGGCUUCCUCUCGCAACUGAUGUGGUUACACUGCGAUCAGAAUCAACGACAAGAAGCGAGACGAAUUCGUCCACAUCAGAGCCAUCGACCAGCUCUUCGUUGACAUCUGUUGUAGAACAGUUCAAUUCCUCUUCACAAAUCAAUCUCACUGCACCUAUUUCUUUUUCUACACUCGCUCCCUUGACAAAGAAUGAAGAACAAGAAUCUGACAUCCUUUCCCUUUCUAGCUCUUCAGAAUCUUCUUCUCCAACAACAUCUCCCGUGUCAACCACAGCUGUAAAGGAAAACUCGCAAGUCGUUGUCCAACACUCAAACGAUGAAUCGAAAACAAGUAAGGAAAAUGAUAGGACUAGAGAGCCACUAACAAAAGGAAAUACGACGUCUGGAGCCGCAACAGACACGACAUCUGAAUACACUACUGACACUCUUUUCACCGAGAGCGUCAAUGCAACCUUCUCGAUGUUAGUAUCUACAAUCGCGCCAACCACAACGACUCUCCGAGAGGAACUUCCGAACGAUGAGGUUACAACCUCAAUGAUACCACUAAACACAAAUUUUCCUAAGAAGGGAAACAAUGAAGUUGUCGUCAACGAACUACCCAUCAAAAAACAGGCUACAAUCUUAGCGCGACCAGCCACUGAGUCUCCAGCUAGGGAAGUCAGCGAAGAGCAAAAUUCCAUAGUUUUGCGAACAGAUGUUGUAGAAGGGAAACAAUCUACACGCUCAUUUAUUUCUAGCAACGUAAUCCUUCAGAAGAAAGAUGACAGCAAAACACCAGCAAAUGUUGGAAUUUCGACCUCAACAACAUUCCACACACCGAGUACUGUUCUAGUAGACCACACUAAUUCAGAAACAAGAGAGGACACUGCAAAGUAUACUGAACCGCAUGUCGAUGUCACUACUACUUUACGUAGUACACUAAAUCAUCCUUUAGCUCAAUCAUUCGCAGUUCUGAUUACUACAGAGUCGCCUGAAUCAAGUCAGGAGUCGAGUAGUAGUUCAACAAGAACAUCAGUCAGUUCAGAAGAGACAGAAAUCGCCCUAGACUCGCAGUCAACUACAACUGACUCCGUUAGCUCUCCUAGUGGAUCUAGAAUAAAUUUGGUUCCACGUGAUGGAACCAGUCCAGAGUCACACGAGACAAGUACUGAGCGUACACUUACAACAUCUGGAGCUUCAACAGCUAUACCAGUAACCUCAACAUUUGCAGCUUUCGAAGCAACAGAAAGUAGCUCGGAUUUGAAUGGAUUAUCACAGACUACUGCUGCUAUCUUAAACAGAACAGCAGGUGAUUUUACUGAUGAGGUGUUAGCAGUUGAAAAUGCUACGCGGGUACCAACUCAUACAACUGCAGAAUCUUCGUCGGCAUUGAAUACAUAUCUGUCAUCAACUGUGGAAAUAACGGAUGGACCUGGAACCACUUCCUCUGAGGACUUCACUGAUUCAACAACAAUUUCGUUUAAUGUCGACGCUACAACCAGAUCCUCCUUGCUGAUAACUACUGAGCCUAUAACGCCUACGACUACUUCUAGUACAAGUGAAAGAACAGAAACGACAAACGAGAUAAUUGAUGUGAGUGCUACAAAACGUAUGCCAGAAAGCAAAACGCAAACACCAACAUCUCGGCUUGCAACGGAAGCUGUAAGUAAAGGCCAAAAUUUGAAGAAAAAAUCAUUCGAAAAAAGUAGUAACGAGUUCUAUGAAGCUAAAACUUUAACAACAACCCCAGUAAAGGAGACAACCAUGUCAACAGAAACAACUUCCACACCAACAGAAGCAGCUAAAGGAACGCAUUUUGAAGAAGCAAUAGGAACCACAGAAGACGUCUUGACAACCCAUGAGAAACAUCCACAAGUGGUGGUAGCAGUCACUGAAGGAACAAACGGAACUUCAUCAAUAUUCCACGCUUCAGAUACAUCCAUACAUCCUCACAAAAAUCUCCCAGAAAGAUGGAAAAAUUUGGUGAUGCGACUGAAAACGAAGUUGGAGGAGCUGAAAGCGAAGAAAGGAUUAUUGUCUCCAAAGAAAAUCACUACCACUACUCUUCCCAAUUCUGAGGAAAUGAUGCUGGCUGGUGAAACAUCGAACUCUACUCCUAUUUCUACCGUGGAAGAUACUACAAUAUCAGCGACAGACGCUUCCACUGUUGGCACAUCCUUCAUAUCAGUGAAAGUUCAAGAAUCGAACCCAACGAGAAGUUAUACAACAACACCGACAACAACUGAAUUACGAUCCUCGACGAAUCCUGCACAAGCCGCGAAAUUUCAAGAAACGGCAUCCACGUUAACUGUUCCACCAGCUACAAUGUCAAUUGACGAAACUUCAGUCACAUCAUCCAACUUCGCAGCCGAUGAGACGCCACUGUCAAACCUCUCUCAGGAUCCUAAAGAGCAAAAUUCUGUGAAGGAAUUUAAGUUGGGUAAGGUAACCACGCAGAUCAUCACAACUGCUUCUACUGGAGCGAUAAAGGAUGAGUAUACAAGGACGAAGACAACAGAAGUGUCGCUAACUUCCAACAUUGGGGUAGAAGCAACUACAUCUUCAAAUGAAAUCUCAGAUGUACUCCCUCAAGCUAACAGUUCCACAGCUGAUAGCGGGACUGAGACAACUUCAACCCCAAAAACCACCGUGUCGUUUCAACUCGAUGCAAAUAUAGGAGGAACAAACGAUGCAAAAACAUCUAACACGCAUACUGAAGACGUCUUCACGACAGACACUGUGACCACUAAUUCGGAUUUAGGUGCGAAUGACUCUUCUACAGAGGUUAUACCUGCUCUUGAUGAUAACUUCCCAUUUAAAACAGAAGCCGACGAUGAGUUAAGUUCACAAACAAAAACGUCGGCUUAUACAUACACUUCCUCUGCUCCAGAAAUAACCGUAGCAGUAUAUAACAGUAAGUAUACGACACUAGAAGAUGUUACUGCUACAACGUCAAAUACUGGAGAACCCCAAAAGAUCACGGACCUCACAACGAGUAAUCAGCAUUCUGAUACCACGACAACGGAUUCAGUUAGCAAUGAUGAGGACAAGAAAUCUGUUGGCGGCUUCAUUGUAUCAAAUUCGGCUGCAUCAUCCGAAGAGGCCAUGGAAAGCAAGAACCGAACAACUCUUCAGGAGACACUGAGAGAAGCAGAAAGAAGCAGUCCCCCCACGUCUACUUUCAACGAAACUUCAUUUACGAUUGGACAGCCUCAUCGGGUGAAAACAGAUCUCCUGUCGUCUCUUAUACAGGGCCUCAUUGGAGAUGUAACACAGGCAACGACAACAGCUGUACCCUCGGCUAAUGAACAAUCCAGCACCGCAACGGUUCUGGAGCACACAAUAGCUACAGAACUGGAUUCAAAACGAGCAGAGGAGAAAAUAAUGACUGAAAGUGGCGAUUUCGAAAAACAAAUAAGAGAAGAAAGAAUUCGCUAUGAGCAAGCAAAGCAUCUCCAUGAAGAACAGCGACGAUUUGAGCAGCAGCAGAAAAGCGAUAACGAUAGAGGUCUAAGAGAAGAACUCAAAAGUAGAAGUGAGGAAAUGAAGAAAAGAUUAGAGGAACUCAAGACAGCGGAGCUGAGACGUCAGUUUCUACUUGAAAAGCGACAGAGAGAAGAGGAGGAACGCCUACGCAAAAUUGCGGAGAAACAAGAGGAGGAGAAAUUCGAAGAAAUGACAUCAACCGACCUUUCAACGUCUGAAUCAAUCACAAAGAAGAUAAGAUAUAGGUUGAGGCCUUCGCAGUGCGCAGCAAUCAACAAAUUCACUCGAGUUUUCAAAAUCACUGAUCCAUCAUCAUGGAUCGCGAGAAACUGCCAAUUUGCAAAGAGGUAUUUUCCGCAGGCAUCGUGUCCUCAAAUCCAGUCUUUAAUUGAGUCCUGUUUCGUUUUCUUCUAA